ACGAUUACAAUCGGGUCCAUUCGGAAAACCGCCCCAAAAGCAGAGCGAAGGUUCACUUUUCCCGCCACUUCUGCUACUGCAGAGAGAAACAGAUGGAGUUCAGCCUCACCGGUAACGCUCUGAAGACGUUUGCUCGAUCUGUCACAUGUCUGGCACGAAUUGGCAAUGAGGUCACCCUCCAAGCAUCCCCUUCCCAGUUAGCUUUGCAUACCCUUAACUCUUCAAGGUCUGCAUAUCAGUCUAUCACACUAAAGCCUGCUUUCUUUGAUGUGUAUAACAUUACUGGAGAUCAAGUGCAAUGUAGUGUCCUUUUGAAGGCUGUUUGUUCUGUUCUUAGGACACCAUUGACAAGUAUCGACCAUUUAACUGUGCUUUUGCCUGAUCCUGAUGCAUCAAAAGUGCAGUGGACUUUAGACUGCUACAAUGGUAUGAAAAAAUCAUAUUGGAUUACAUGCAAUAUUGAAGCAGAUGUACAACAACUUUCUCUUGAUAGAAGAAGGCUACCAAGCAGCUUUGUAGUGAGACCUCGUGAUCUCAACAGAUUACUUGCUAAUUUUCAGUCAACCCUUCAUGAAAUAACUGUCAUAGCAACGGACCCCACGUUAUCACAAUCUGAAUCUGAUGCAGCAAAUGAAGUUGGAGGGAAAGCUGUUGAACUCAGAAGCUAUAUCGAUCAGAGCAAAGAAAAUGAUUCUUCGUUACAUACCCAGUUGUGGAUAGAUCCUUGUGAAGAGUUUGUGCAGUAUACACACUCUGGAGACCCUGUUGAUGUAACCUUUGGUGUGAAGGAAUUAAAGGCGUUUCUUUCAUUUUGUGAGGGAUGUGAAGUUGACAUACACUUGUAUUUUGAGAAAGCUGGAGAGCCUAUCUUGAUGUCACCAAAAUUUGGAGUUGAUGACAUGUCAUCUGUUUCAAACUUUGAUGCCACUUUGGUACUUGCCACCAUGCUCAUGUCCCAACUCCAUAAUAGUAAUAACACAACAACUUCACAUGGAGCAGAGGAGCAACCACAAGACACAGACAGUCACAGACAUAGAGACAGACCGAAAGGAAAUGUUUCUGAGCAUCCUUCUGAUCACACUAGAAUUUGGUCAGAACUUUCAGGAAGUGCCACAAAAAGUACAACUGGAGGUGGUGGUGAAAGAGAUCUACGGAAUACAAAUAAUCAUAAUAAUCAUGACAUUCACAGGAUUAGCAAAAUGCACAUCUCUAAAGCUGAUAACUACAAUUACCAACAGCCUUCUAUGCAAAGAGAGGAUGUGGAAGAACGUCAAGAUGAGGGGGCUGAACAUGGAAAUGGUGGGGCGGAACAUGGAAAUAAUGGUGUCUCACAAACACAACGCCAUGUCAGCAAUUGGGUUGAUGCAGAUGCAGAGGAUGAUGAAGAGGAGGAAGGGGAACCUUACAUUCAGGCCACCCCACCAUAUUAUGAGGAACACUAAGUUCACAUUCCAUUCCAUUGAAUGAGAUGUCGUAAGGCAGUAAGUAAGGAAUUGGAAUAUGGGAUUCCAUUCCUUUCCUUUGGAUUUGGUUGUCAAAUUCUCAGAAUCUGCUAAAAAAAACCAACGCAUGUUUUUUUGUUUAUAAAUGGAUUUCAUCAUUCCUAUUUCCUA